AUGUUGAGUUCCUUAUGCUUUUCAAGCAUUCAGUCAAACCUCUAUUUUCUACGGUUACUGAAAGAGAUGGAUCAAAAAGAACUAUGGUUUUGUUUAACAUUUAUAAAAUUGAUGAUGGUUCAUGAAGAAAAUAUGGCUUGGUCGGUAAUAUUUGCUAAAAUCAAGUGUUUGUUUACAUUGGAAGAUACUCAAAAAUGUUCGUCCCUUCAUUCUUCCUUUAAGAGCAUUUAUUUAAAAGAGGUUGGAGAAAGGAAAAGGAAAAAGAGAGGAAAGAGCCGUAUUUAUUUUGUAUAUAUUAUUUACACUAGUAUUGUUAAGGGGAAAUAUAAACAUUUUGGGACGAUUGUCGGAAUGGAAAGCCAAGCAGAAAGUUUUUCAGCAGAAGCUGAUAUUGAACAGGAGGAUCUGCAAAUUUUUAAAUUUAUGAUCGGCCUUGCGAUCUCGGUACCUAUGCUUAUCCUGUGUUUAAUCAUAGUCAGAAGGUAUAUUGAUUGUAAACAUAAAAAAUAUCGAAUUUUCCGAGCGGUGUUGUGUUGCAUGCCCAUCUACGAUGAAGAAGAUUGUGAAGCAGACUUUUAUAAUCUUCCAGUUACUGAAUCUACGAUCACUCUUCCUCGCUACUCCCCGAACCUACAAGAAAACGAAGAGUUACUUGGUGCUUCUGGAGAACGCGAGGGCAUUGAUGUCGUUUUAACGCCUUCACGGCUUCCUGAUACAGAGCCUAACCCGUAUCCCUUUUUGUACAAUGCAAGUAGCAGAUUGCGCUUCAUCCAAAGAAUGGAAAUUGAAAAGUUGCAGUCACCAAGAAUAUCUUACCACAACCUUGGAGUUGGACGUUGUAAUGGAAGUCGUAUUUUGCCGUCUUAUCCUGAACCUGCGCGCAUACACGUUCCUCCAAAUGACCCCAAUGAUCCUUCUGAUGUACAAUCUGCUUCUUCCCAGAGCACAAUUGUUUCAGAGUUCUUCCCUAUGCCUGCAUCACCUGCAUCUGCACCUACGCCUAAUUCUUACUCUCCUCCUCCUCCUCCUCCUUACUGCUACGGCACUAUCAUUACACCUUCCCUUGAGAAUAGUGUUUUUUCGAAUGCUAGUACCUUGGUGAGUGCUUAG